CCAGGUCUUCCCCCAACCCAGGAGCAAAUGAAUCACGAGAAGCUCCUCAAGACAAGGAAAGGCAAGGGUGCUGCCGCCGAUGCCGCUCUUGCCAAGGCCAAGGCUGUUCAAACGGCCGAUUCUAACUCUUCCGCCUCUCAGGCCGACCGUCGCACGGUGGAGGCGGAACAGCACCUCAUUGCCACGGUGAUGGCACAGGGGUCCCAGGCCCCGAUCCUCAAUUCUGGUGCUUCCGAAGUCGUGGCGCCCUUGCAGACCGUCCAUCCCCAUGACGGGGAGAAGGCGAAGGACAAGAAGUCCAAAAGGCCCCGGGGGCUUCCUCUUCGGCCCCCGAAGAACAAGAGUUGAUUCUUCCUUCCCUUGGACGUCCGGCCCAUGACGUCUGGCAGAAGAUUGCUUCCCUGGUCGGCGUGGAAGUGCCUCCCCGGACGUCUUCGGAGGCCUCCAAUGCGGUUCUGACCGCCGCUCUUCAGGUCGGGCUCUCCACCCUGCAAGCCGAGGCUGCUCGGGAUGCCGACGCCCUCCAGGCCAAGAAUAAGGCAGAUGCGGCCUUGAAGAAGGCGAGGGAGGCCGUUCGUCUUCAGGAGAAGGAGACGGCAGCCAAGGAAAAGGAGCUGCAGGCCGCUCUGAAGGUAGCUCGCGAAUCUUCCGCGAAGCUUGCGGCCCUGGAGAAGGCCGGAUUCAAGCUCGUCCCGGCUCUCCCCGCCCCCAAGAACGAGGCCCCCGAAUGGCUCGUCGACGACUCUGGGUAUCACAACUCUGGGGCCUUCAUGAUCGCCGUCCAGAGGUACCUUGGGGGCGCCUUUGGCGAUGUAUUCGCCGCUGAACUGCAGAAGCGUGCGCCGAAGGACCGGCUCAAGUUCGGGGUCCAAGUUCUGGAGAGUGCUCCCCUGGCCGAGAAGUUCUUGUAUGACGUUGGAGAUAGCUCCUUUGUCAUUGGCUACAACAAGGGGGUGAAAGCCACACUGCCGGUCUUUGCCGCUCUCCAGGGCCCCGGAUUCAACCUGGCCCAGCACACCACGGACCCGGAGCUGAUUCGAGCGGUGGGCAAGCUGGAGCGGGACGCCCGGCGGGAGGAAGCCAAAGCCAGGGGUGAGGUCCCGGAGCCUCCGACCCCCGAGCCCGAGCCCGAGCCCGAGGAGGAAGAAGAAACCAUUCCUGGGGGGUCCCGGCAUGUUUCCCCGAAUUUUGUUUAAUGUAACUUGUAAUCUCUUUGUUAUGAUUCUGUAAUAUCCGGCCAGUAGAGCCGAGGAAUACACAACUCUUUUCGCC